AUGUUCAAUUGGGCAAAGCAACAGUUGGCCAACGUCGCAGGCACUCAGGAGCCCAUCUAUGGCGCUUCGGCGAUCAGAUCCGUGGCUGAAGAAGCCAAGGAGACGCCCUUUACCGAACUGUCCCGCGAUGACUUGAAGUGGGUGGCCAUGGAGUCGACAUGUGUAGAGACCCAGAGCUUCUACCUGGUGUCGGAUGAGGGCCACAUCGGUCUUGCACAGGUCAUCUACAGCAACGUUGCUGGCAUGCGAACUACUUGCCAGUUCAACUCCAAGAUCUUCUCCAAAGACCCUUCCAAACCCCACCUAUGGUGCUCAACCCCUCUGAACCACUUUGAAUUCAACGAGGACAAGACCUCCUGCUACGCCGACGACUGCGCGCUCGAGCUCUCUAAAGAUGGAAACGAAUACACCAUCAAGAGCAUGAACGACCCGAGGUCGAUCGUCAACCUCAAGAUCACCAGGACUGCUCCUGGCUUCAAGGCCGGCAAGAGCGGCACAACAAAGUAUGGCACCGACCUCGAGAACCCCUGGGGAACCAUGCGCCACGCUUUCUGGCCUCGCUGUGCGGCCGAGGGCACCAUCACCACUCCCGAUGGCCCCAUUGACUUCAAGGGCCAGGCCAUGUACUCGUUCGCUCUGCAGGGCAUGAAGCCGCACCACGCCGCCGGCAAGUGGAACUUUGCUAACUUCCAGGGUCCCAACUACUCGGCCAUCAUGAUGGAGUUCACCACCCCGCCUUCUUACGGCUCAACAUUGGUCAAUGUGGGAGGUAUUGUCAAGGAUGGUCAGAUCAUCACCGCGGGCCCCGGCCACGAGGCCAUCCAUACCGACGUCAAGAACGAUUCGGAGAACGAGUGGCCCGAGCCCAGUUCUGUCAAGUUUGAAUGGACAGGCAACAAGACGGACGCCAAGCCCGUCAGCGCUGUCCUGGAAGGGCCGCUCGGAGAACGGACGGACCGCGUGGACGUCAUGGCCGAGGUACCUGGCUUUGUCAAGACGAUUGUGGCCGCGGCGGCGGGGACCAAGCCAUACAUUUAUCAGUAUGCGCCAAAGAUGACCCUCAAGCUCAAGAUUGGAGACGAAGAAGUCACCGAAGAGGGCCAGCUAUUCAUGGAAGCUACGUUCAUCACCGAAUAA